CGGUCAUCGAUCAGCAGUUAAUGUCAUAUGUUACCGGUAGCACCCCGACAAUCGGCGGAAUUGAAUCGGCUAAUCAUUAAUUCUCAAUGUGGACUAGCCGACCGAAUAUUGACAUAAUGAUGGUGCCCACUGAACAGCAGUUUGAUGGAUGUUCGCCGUCAGACUCGGAGCACGACGGCGAUGAAGACGGUAUUGUUCAUCUGCACGACGAUUCUGGUAUUCUCAAAUCGGGAUGCGACGAGGAAUGGUACAGCAACGAUUUACAGCUUGCAGCAGAGCUUGGCAAAACAUUAUUAGAGAGAAAUCGGGAAUUAGAAAGUCAACUUAUACAUGCCCAACAUUUAAACGAGGAACAUUCACUGCAUAUUAUGCACCUAGAGAAGCAAGUUGCUCUCUUGAGAGAAGCUGCCGACAGUAAAGCCAAGUUAUAUGAACAACUGGAUUAUAAUGUACAAGAAAUGGAGAAAACAAGCAUCAAACAAACACAUGAAUUGCGAACAAGCAAACAGAAGAUAGAACGGCUGACGGAAAUCAUAGAAAGUCUAGAAAACAAGGUACAAGAACAGAAUACAUUAUUAGAGGAUAUGAAAGUACAUGAACGAGAACGAGCACGUGAACGUCGUAAAACGCAGAGUCUUCCACGAGAAGUCAAUCUAUCACAGUUGAGGAGAUACUUCAGUACAAGUAAUCUAGAAGAGACUGAUGCUGUCAAAGAUGAGAUCAAUAGACUCAAACACACUCUGCAAUUUCUGAGAUCGCGUCUAAAUGCAGAAAAACGAAGAUCUGAUGAAUUUGAAAUUGAAAUCUCUGUGUUGACGCAGGAAAAUCAGUCUCUAUAUGAGCACAUGAAGGAACUUGAGAUCAAAUCAGAAGAAAAUUCUUUGGAAUACGAGUUAGCCGCUGCAUCACCGGGGGCCCAGAAAAGUCCCAGUUUAUGCUCGUGUUGCUUGAAGAAGUUUAGUUUGAUUCGGCAGAAAAGCCAGGAUGAGGACUCUGAUCUACCGGCUGACAGCAGUUUUGAUGAGGAUGGUGAUACCUUUGAGUGGGACACUUUUUUUCUUUCUCAUCCAAUAUCUGGCACAGCAGUGAAACAGGAGAGUUCUGAAAUGUCACUUUUUGGGGAACUUGAUGCACAGUAUCAUGAUUUGAAAGAGAAAUACAAUGACCUGCUUGUUCACAGUAAGAGUACUGUAGAUGGUGAUGUUACUGCGAGUGUGGACACAAAGUGUGACAAUGUAUGCAAUACCGCAGUACAGACAACACCGAUGCUGGAAAAAAGGAGAUCUUUGAGUUUUGAGUUUGCCAAAAUGAAAGAAAAAGAGAGCGCUGCCAAUGAGAAGUUGACUGAGAAAUUUCAGCCUGAGUACAAGAAGCUGUUCAAAGAGAUAUUUGAAGUUCUGAGAAGAUCUAAAAAGUUGCGAAUUGAGAAGAAAUGA